GUGGCACCGCCUCCUUUAUUGUAGAAUUUAAAGAGGCAGGGAAAGUGCCAACGCGUAUCUUUACAAGCCCAGAAAAAACCGUGAUUGAGACGUGUUGCUAAAAAUUGGACAGAAGAUGCUGCUGCAGUCACUACCGUCCCUCAUUCUCAUCCUCGGGGUGGUGGUAGCUGUGCCCGCUAAAGAGAAGCGUGUCCAUCGCCAUAGUGACCUGAGUGACCACGCCCAUGACGACACCACUGGUUUCCAUUAUGACCACGAAGCCUUCCUGGGCAAAGAGGAAGCCAAGACCUUCGACCAGCUGACCCCCGAGGAAAGCAAAGACAAACUUGGGAAGAUUGUAGAUCGCAUCGACACAGACAAGGAUGGUUUCGUGAGCCAUGGGGAACUGCACCAGUGGAUCAAACACAGGCAGAGGAGGUACAUCGAGGAGAAUGUGCUGAAGCACUGGAAGGAGUACGACCAGAACAAGGAUGGGAAGAUCGGCUGGGAGGAAUACAAGAACACCACCUACGGCUACUACCUGGAUGAGGAGUUUGACGACGUGGAUGACAAGGCUAGCUACAAGGCCAUGCUGACUAGAGAUGAGAGGCGCUUUAGGACAGCUGACCGCGACGGGGACGGCAUCGCCACCAAGGACGAGUUCACUGCCUUCCUUCACCCCGAGGAGUACGACCACAUGAAGGCCGUUGUUAUACAGGAAACCGUAGAAGACAUUGACAAGAACGGUGAUGGAAAGAUCACCCUUGACGAAUACAUUGGGGACAUGUUCACACCUGAGAAUGGAGAGAGUGAACCAGACUGGGUGCUGACGGAGAAAAAACACUUCACAGAGUUCAGAGACACCAACAAGGAUGGUUUCCUGGAUAACCAUGAGGUAGCUCAGUGGAUCCUGCCAGGAGAGAUUGACCAUACUGACAAUGAGGCUAAGCACCUCAUCCACGAGACAGACACAGACAAGGAUGACAAAAUAACCAAGAAGGAGAUUCUGGCUAAUUGGAACAUGUUUGUGGGGAGCCAGGCAACCAAUUACGGAGAGGAUCUCACCAGGAGACAUGACGAGCUUUGAUGAAGUCAUGCGAAGGCAUAGGGAGGGGUUAAGGGCUCCAUGCAAACAGAGCUCCGUUUGCAUCGCUCUCUGCGCAGUUCUAUGUACUUUUUGUGAGGCCGAAUAUUUGGAACGGACCGUAUACACACUGUUUGCGUAGAGCCCUUUAGGGAGAGGGAUUUACAAAAUAUUUGGGGUUUGUAUUGUGAAAGGGCAUCCACUUAUAAUGGAGAAUACUGUUACUAUUAUGGAGUUGGGUAGGGGGAAGUUCUGGAAAAGGUCACAGGUCAUAUUUAUACUGUUGAACACACAUUGCCAUGGGAGGUAACGGGAGCAUGGAGAUGUUUACACACGCAGAUACAUAACCACAACCUCACACAGACACACACCGAACACACAAUCACGCUCAAGUGUGAACAAAGACACUCCACAAGUCAAUAAGCUUAUUUUUUUUACAGCACCAUAUAUAGAAUAUACACUUGGUUUACACAGGGUGGGAGGAAGCAAAAUUGAAUGACACUUGUGGUGAAACAUUUCUCUGAAUUUUAAAUAAAGCCAUGUUGGUUUUUCUACAAAAA